AUGACGGGAGAAUAUGUCAAGUCGUGCUCUUCUCACAUCGAGUGGGAGGAGCCUCGGUUCCUGCAAGCUGAUCAGGAGAUGAGUUUGAUUAGUGCUAUCAAGACACAUUGGAGAGCAUUGUUGAUAUGUAGUAUCUCCUUCAGCGCUGGUGCGAUGUUCGGCUACGAUACCAUUGUGAAUGGCGCUUCGAUAUCCAUGCCGGCGUUUAUGAUGUAUUUUGGCGAGAAAGAUGCAACCGGAUUAUAUCUUCCAUCGUUAUGGACGGCAUUGUGGACUUCCAUGUCCGCCCUUGCUCAGGCCCUUUCAGCUACUGGCACUGGAUUCCUUGCUGAUCGCAUUGGCCGUAAAUGGUCUGGUGUCAUUGCCGGUGUCAUUGCGUUGAUCGGUGCAUCGGUACAGUACACUGCUCGCACAAGAAGUGCGCUACUUGGUGGCAAGAUUGUUGGAGGGCUGGGCAUUGGAAUGGCUAUGUCUGCUGGUAUGACCUAUGCCUCCGAAGUCGUCCCUCCCAUGCUUGUUCCUGCUGUUCAGCAAGCGUUGGUGGUAUUCAUUCUCAUCAUGCAAGCAUUGGCCAUGGGAAUCAUUCGAAUCUUUGUUACCGACAUGUCUGAACAGGCGUUCCGUACGGUGUUCGCUAUUCAAUGGGGAGUCGGUGGACUUGUCGCGAUUGUGUUUGCUGUUGCACCGGAAUCUCCCGUCUACUGCAUUAUCAACAAACGCGAAGUGAGUGCAAAGAAGCUAUUCAAAUGGCUCUACCGUGACGAUGCCGAUCGCGAGGAGCGCUACAACCAUCUAGUGAAGACCAUUCAGGAAGAAAACUCGCAACGCGAGGCAAAUCAAUCAAGCUACAUUGAAUGCUUCCAAGGAGUGAACUUCAAAAGGACCAUUACCAUGAUGUUCCUCUUCGGUCUUGUCAAUCUAGGUGGUGGUCCCUUCCUUUCGCAAUCAAUUUACUUCCUCAUCUCCGUCGGCCUACCCGCAGUUCACGUUUUCGAUAUCUCGAUCGGUGGAUUCGGGCUGGCCAUUGUUCUCAUCAUCGCCAGUGGUAUCGCAUUGAAGAAUGUGCGACGCAGGAACAUCCUGCUCUGGGGAUGCAUUAUCAAUUUCCUCUUCAAUCUGAUUGUUGGGGCACUUUACUGGGCUCAUGGUACUGGUCCGAAGUGGGCUAUUGCAAUCUUCAUGAAUGUUCUCAUCUCCUUGCAGGCUAGUCUAAUGCAAGCCCCAGGUUGGUCAAUCGCAGCCGAAAUCUCCAGUUACAGACUGCGUGCCAAGUCCAUGUCUCUUGGAAUGAUGUCUCAGACAUUCACUACUUGGCUCGUUACCUUUGUGGUACCGUACAUGUACAAUAUCGACUCUGGCAACCUGGGUGCGCGGACUGGGUUGGUCUUCGCUGGUGCUUCGGUGUUGCUUAUCUGGGGUGCAUGGGCUAUUGUACCUGAUACCACUGGGCUCUCUACGGAAGACAUCGAUAACCUUUAUGAGGCGAAGGUCCCGGCUAGAAAGUUUACUAGUCAUAAAAAGGCUGCCACGUCAGCUGGUGGGCCUGUCUGA